CUUUAUUCUCGACGAAAGAUUCGUUCCUUCUAGUAAGAAAGGGCCUUUGUAGGACUUGUUCUUUGUUUCCAGUUCUUAAAAGCUUUAAAAUCGGCCUGACUGCAAUAUAUAUUUUGUAUCAGUACCAGAUCAUGACGGCCGAAACACUAGUGCAGCUCCCACCAGAGCUUUUGUAUCAUAUACUAUCAUUUCUCGACUCGCGCGACCUAGUGCGAAUACGAAAGACUUGCAAAAAGUUGAAAGGAAUUGUAGAUGAUUCGGAUAUGUUGCAAUACAUCAUCGACCUCGGUUACUUCCAAAUGAAUCCAAUGGGAUCCUCGGAAGUGGACGUGCCACCGGCUAUGCGUCGCGAACGACUUAGACUGUAUGACGCUGCACGGCAACACAUUGAAUUUAGAUUGAAGCACACGCUAUCGUUACCAAUGUCAGGACUCGGACGUGUAGAUGCGUUUGGGGGCGGCAUAUACGGUUCAGCUGGGGAGAACUGCAUCCACUUUGCACGACUGCCACCCGACGUGUCUGAUUCUGGCGAUUUAUCAUAUUCCCAUCGCUGGAAUCACCCUGUCGACACAACGAACUUAGUGAACUUCACUUUCUGUGCCGUGCAAGAUCUACUUAUUGUCGUGGCACACUCACCAGACUUGCGGAGUCAUGCAUACGAGAUCCAUCUGAAGUCGUUGACAACGAACGACACUCACCCCGAUGCAGCGCAACCACUCCUGAAAGCACUCGACAAGCAUGAUAUUGAUCACCAAAUAUUGAAUACCAAGGGUUGUGUGAAGGUCCAAAUCAUCAGGAAUUACGUUAGCAUGCUAUCCUGGGCUGUUAUCGCAAACGUGGACGACACCUUGUAUAGUAUACAAAUGUGGGACUGGAAAUCCAAGAAGGGCUACCAGUUCAAUCUUUUUUUCCGCUACGAUAUCAGCGACUACUCUUUCAUUACGGAGGAUAAGUUCCUCGUCUUUGUCGCCUCUGGGAGUAUGGAAAUUUAUUCCAUUGACGACAAGUCGAAGCUCCCGCAACGCACCGCAACAAUCUCCUUGCCUUCUCUCGUGGACGACUUUUCAUACACAGAUGUGUUCAUAAGCGAACAUCCAACUCCUAGUUCCACGUUUCCCGAUUUUCGACAGUCCCACCAGCAACCUUCAUGUUCAUUUCAUCCAAGUGCAGAUGAUCGACUCAUAGUCAUCCUUGUUUGGGUCACUCGAACGAACACGGACCAUUCACUCUACUAUCGCUUUGUUGUCCGGCGUAGUGCCAUUCUGGAAUUCGAAAGUUUAUCUGUCAGGACUUACAAUCAAAUUUUAAGCUCAAUUUUCAGGCUGCCUUGGUCGAUGUGGGGACCGCAGCAUACGUCGUGGUUCCGUGUUCAGCUAAAUGAGGACUGGCAUACUUCACUCUUUGGUUUCCGCACUGUGGAGUCCAUCAAUGAACUCAGUCCUCACCACCUCGCGGAAGGUCCUCGUCGGCUAUAUGUCAGAGAUUUCAAUCCACACAUCGCUUGGAAUUAUGGUGCGGUAGAUAAAUCGAGAUGGCGCGGUAAAAUUGUACCAGGCGUGAUGGACAGGACGACCUCGUAUCCGUUCACGGAACCGCUUGGGCAUGCACUGACGUAUCGCGAGGACUCUUAGCGAGGAGCUGUUCGAUGUGAAUGAAAUUUUCUCAGACGAAAGCAGGAUUCUGCUGGUGAAAAAAUUUGGUUCUAGUGCAUUGGAAAAAAUCGACGUAUUGGUAUUCUGACCAUGCAAUGUCACACAAUAUCGACGCCUUGGAGGGAUGCUCAAUUCAAGAAGGGCAGCGUGGAUGUACCAAGGAUUCCAGCCUCAGCUAAGGCUGAGUCGUACAAUUUUACGCAUCGGUUAUAUGCGCACUCCAGCUCAGGAUCAUUGCGCGCAAAGCAACGAAUCGGGGAGACCGCGGGGA